AUGACAACUCUUAGAUUUGUGCGCUCGGUUUGGGAGUCCUUUCGGGCUUCUUCGGGUCUAGAGCCUCGCCUUUUGGAUGGUCUUCGUGUUACAGCCGCUCGUCCUGGAACUGUCAACUUCGAGCUUGAGGUCCAAAAGCAACAUACCAACCGCUUGAACAUCCUUCAUGGAGGUACUAUUGCAAGCAUGGUUGAUCUUGGUGGAUCCUUGGCUGUAGCAUCUCGUGGUUUAUUCGCAACUGGCGUGUCAACCGACCUUAAUGUCACAUACUUGAACUCCGGUGGCAAAGUCGGCGACAAGAUUCUGGCAGAGGUUACCUUUGGAAAAACUCUUGCCUUCACCAAUAUCAAGUUCACUAACCCAGAGGGUGUCGUUGUUGCCCGAGGCAGCCACACCAAAUAUGUUACUCUUGCCUGGAGGGACCCCCAGAACAUUGUGGAGGAGAUCAACAAGAUCAAAUAA